UCUGUGCCGGGACAUGGCCGCCGCCGGUCCCGGGUCCUUGAGCUGAACGCUUGCCGGAAGCCAACCGCCGCACUCAAUCGUCCGGACGGGCCGGCCGAGGCGCCGCCGGGCCGGCGAGGAGCCGCGGCCGCCGCGGAGGAGGAGGCAGCAGCAGGAGGCUGGAGCGGCAGCCGCAGCCGGGCACAUGGCGUCCAUCUUACUGAGGAGCUGCCGCGGCCGGGGGCCCUCCUGCAUCCCUGCGCCCCGCGCCGCCGCCCCGAGAAGUGGUCCGGGGGAUCACGCUUGUCUCACUUGUGCCAGUGCCAUGGGGCUGCUAAGCCGUGUGCAUGUCCCGUUGGGCGGCUGCACCCCGCUGUACCCCGUGUACCUUUCCUUCAGAGCUGAUCUCCUGGGCUGCUGGACUCAGAGGCCUGAGCGCACGUGCGCCAUGGCCCGAGGGCCGUGGACCCCCGCCUCAGCCCAUCUGCUUGUCACCGGGCCGCGGUUCCUUCCCGCACGCUGCUGGCACUCGUCGCCCCCGCUGGCCGAUGACUCGGUGGUGGAGAAGUCUCUCAAGUCCUUAAAGGACAAGAACAAGAAGCUGGAGGAGGGAGGCCCCGUGUACAGCCCCCCUGCGGAGGUGGCCGUGAAGAAGUCCCUGGGGCAGAGGGUCCUGGACGAGCUGAAGCACUACUACCACGGCUUCCGCCUGCUGUGGAUCGACACCAAGAUCGCCGCGCGCAUGCUCUGGCGCAUCCUCAACGGCCACAGCCUGACCCGCCGGGAGCGCAGGCAGUUUCUCCGGAUUUGUGCCGACCUCUUCCGCCUGGUCCCCUUCCUGGUCUUCGUGGUGGUACCGUUCAUGGAGUUCCUGCUUCCUGUCGUGGUGAAGCUCUUCCCCAACAUGUUGCCGUCCACGUUCGAGACCCAGUCCAUCAAGGAGGAGAGGCUCAAGAAGGAGCUGCGGGUCAAGCUGGAGCUGGCCAAGUUUCUGCAGGACACCAUUGAGGAGAUGGCCCUGAAGAACAAGGCGGCCAAGGGCAGCGCCACCAAAGACUUCUCCGUGUUCUUCCAGAAGAUCCGAGAGACGGGGGAGAGACCCAGCAAUGAGGAAAUCAUGCGUUUUUCCAAGUUAUUUGAGGACGAGCUGACCCUGGAUAACCUCACGCGGCCGCAGCUGGUGGCGCUGUGCAAGCUGCUGGAGCUCCAGUCCAUCGGCACCAACAACUUCCUGCGCUUCCAGCUGACCAUGCGGCUGCGUUCCAUCAAGGCAGAUGACAAGCUGAUUGCUGAGGAAGGGGUGGACAGCCUCAGCGUGAAGGAGUUGCAGGCGGCGUGUCGGGCACGAGGCAUGCGGGCCCUGGGCGUCACGGAAGACCGGCUGCGGGACCAGCUGAAGCAGUGGCUGGAGCUGCACCUGCACCAGGAGAUCCCAACGUCGCUGCUCAUCCUGUCCCGUGCCAUGUAUCUGCCAGACACCCUGUCACCUGCCGACCAGCUCAAGUCCACGCUGCAGACCCUGCCCGAGAUUGUGGCGAAGGAGGCGCAGGUGAAGGUGGCCGAGUUGGAGGGCGAGCAGGUGGACAACAAGGCGAAGCUGGAGGCCACGCUGCAGGAGGAGGCGGCCAUCCAGCAGGAGCAACGCGAGAAGGAGCUGCAGAGGCUCUCCGAGGAGGCGGCGGCGGCGAAGGAAGUGCAGCCGGAAGUGGCAAUGGAAGCUACCCCUGCGCCACCUGUGGCCCCGCUGCAGCCGGAAGUGGCCGAUGUGAUCCUGCCGUCAGAGGCCCUGAAGGACACGGCCCCCGUCCUGGAGGGCGUGAAGGAGGAGGAAAUCACCAAGGAGGAAAUUGACAUACUUAGCGACGCCUGUUCAAAGCUGAAGGAACAGAAGAUGUCGCUGACGAAGGAGAAAGAGGAGCUGGAGCUGCUGAAAGGGGAUGUGCAGGAGUACAGCGAGGACUUGCAAGAGAUCAAGAAGGAACUUUCAAAGACUGGGAAAGAAAUGGACGUGGAAGAGUCUAAAGCCAGCAAGAGGCUGACCAGGAGGGUGCAGCAAAUGAUCGGCCAGAUAGACGGGCUGCUCACGCAGCUGGAGGCUGACCAGCAGGCUGGCAGGCUGAGCCCGGCUGCCCAGGGCUCGUCCACGGGGGAGACUGUCAUCAGCGUCACUGAGCUCAUCAGCGCCAUGAAGCAGAUAAAGCACAUUCCAGAAAGCAAGCUCAUCAGCCUGGCCUCAGCGCUGGACGAGAAUAAGGACGGCAAGAUCAACAUCGACGACCUUGUGAAGGUGAUCGAGUUGGUGGACAAAGAAGACAUACACAUCUCCACCAGCCAGGUGGCUGAGAUCGUGGCGACAUUGGAGAAAGAGGAGAAGGUGGAGGAGAAGGAGAAGGCCAAGGAGAAGGCCGAGAAGGAGGCUGCUGAGGUGAAGGGUUAGCCGCCCGCCACUGCCUCCGGCCACAGCCGCGAUUGCCCUGAGGUGAUUCUUAGUGACAAACCUAGUAUUUUGUCUGGAAUAAAUCAGAAACUUCCGUAAUCAAGUAAUUUUUAAUUUUCAUCAUUCCAUGAAGAUUCAGUCAGUCUGGAAGCCCCGAGCCCCUCCAGGGAACGGUGUCUGCAUUCACGCUGUGGCGGCCGCAGCGGCCCCCUGGCUCACAGGUGGGCUCGGGCCUGCGCCCUGGCAGUGCCCCCAGGAGGAGAGGACUGGCCGCCUGGACCCCCAGCACGCCCUCCUCAGCCCUGGAGAAGACACUGAGUCUGCGGACAUGACUUCCUGAAUGUGUCAGUAGGAGCAGUUGUGCCCACUGCCAGUCCUGUCUAUAACCAUUGAGAAAACGUCCAUUGAUGGCACCAAACCUCUGGAAAACAGUGUCUUCGUGCGCGUUUCCUGUUCUGCGUGUUAUCAGCUCUUUGUUGAUUUCCCUUUGAUUUUCAACUAGUCCUUUAACCAGUUAACCAGAGUUUCACCCGCCAGUCUAGUCUGCCUGACUGGUGAGCACUAGCAUUGUAAAGCACAGCGUGAGAGAUACGAAUGAAGCCCUCGCAGAUGAAGCACUUUAUGUCUGAGUGAUUCAUCGUGCUGUUGUGGCUUUUAGAACGUUUCCUAAUUUGGAUCGUUCCCACCUCAUUGCCCUGUGGGCAGUUGGAGCAGAUAACACUCUGCGGCCGUCCAGUGGGGGCCCCGAACCGGUGUGUCCAUGUGCCUGCAACCCCCUCGGCCUGGCUCCUUCAGCACGAGCUGGCAACUGGCUGGUCCCGGUGCUGUGGUGGGUGCCCCAUGGGGCUUUCAGAAGCAUAGGCACUUGGCCGCCUGGGACUGGUGGGGAUGGGCGUCCAGUGGCCUCUGUCCUUUCGGUUACCUGCAAGAACGUUCUUUCAGGAGACUCCAAACAUAGGAAUGGAAGACAUAGGAGCAGGGGGCCAGAUUCGCCAGGACUCGGAAAUGAGAGCGUCUGAAUUACUUGAAACUUCUUGCUAGGCCGUUGAGGAAGAAACUUGACAAAAUAGGAUUUUGUACUCUGAGAUGAAACCUCUGUACAGUAACAGCUGGGUGGUUAUUUGAGCAGUAGCCCCAGAUGUGCAUCCUCGACUCAGGAGCUGUCUCGCGUGUUUCUGUGGCCGGAAUUUCCCUGUAGAGAGCUUGCUCCUGAGCUUUGCCAGCAUGCCCGUGCCGGUGGCCAUCUCCCUGGUGAGCGGUGUGCUGGGCCCAGUCAGGGUGCCUGGCUCCUGUCCUCACCCUCACUCCUUUCCCGGGCGCCCUGCGUACCCAGCACUGCUGUCACUGCAGGAUGCAGCUGCCCUCCUGCUCCGGAACCGCCCUCCGGUUGUCUGCCUGGUGGGACGCCACCGGCUGAUGCUGCAGGGGCUUUGCACACGCACCUGGCACGGGCACCUUCAGCUUUUGUGAUGUUGGCGACAGUCUGCUACAGCCUUCCCCCCUUCGUUUCCGUUUGCUUUUAUGUCCUGAACAUUUGUCGCAGCUGAAGCUAGGGUCCAGGUGCAGGCAUGACAAAUGAUGGGCGUAGAAAUAAGUCUCGUGUGACAAGGUGUUUGAGAGGCAGCUGCGCUUGGACCGCCCAUGCCAUUAGGAGCGUCCUCUCUGUGCCUGCCUGAAAAUGAACCAGGAGUCCUUAGCACAUGUCCCCUCAUUCACUCCACCUAAAGGCUCAGUUCUUCAGUAGAGAUUCAGGAAAUUGGCACAGGGCUUCCGAAGUCGUUUUGGAUAGAGCAUGAAAAUCCAGAUUUAAAAAUGAUGGCACCUUGUAAUUUUUGCAGAAUGACCUCCAGCCAGUAGUCCUCACAGUGGGGUCUUGGGGUGGCACCUCCUGGACCCUGGGAAGUGCUGGCGGUUUCCACAGGUCCUCCAAGGGUCCUGGGGCCAGCGCCACCUGAGUCUCUGUCCUGGGUUUACGCCUUUUUUAGAAAUAAUGUUUUUAUUGAAAAAUCAAAUUAAUGUUCCUGUAACAGCUUAAAGUCAUAUUUCUGAACUGUGACAUGGCAGAAGUCAAGGUGGAAAAUGUCACGAUUGUCUGAGGUCUGCCUUUGUGACAGCAGUGUGGCCCGGGAUCUGGUUCUGGCCUUGCAGCAGAAGGGCAUGGUGAGUGGCCAUGGGCCUGGAUGUGCUGCUGUGAGGCCAGAUUCAGGGACCUUCACCUUCUGGAGGUCAAGCCCUGGUCUCAGAUGUCUCUUGUUCUGUGACAGUGUGCACUAUUCGUCCCCUGGUCACACUGUGCUCCCAGACUGAUCCCUGUGCUGGUGACUAGACACCCAAUUUGAUGUAAGGAGAAGGUUUAAUAAAGUGCUAUCUUGAUGA